CUCAACCCCCCAGGAAAGGGAACAGGGCUGGACAAUAAAGCGAGGCCGGUGCGGGCAAAGGAAGGAGCCACCCAAGGGCAGCAGCACCAUGUCCCAAAACCACAAGGACCUACUAGGUCUGGGUCGCCUUGAAUACCUGCAGGCCCUAGUCACUGAAUUCCAGGUGACUGAGAGCUCCGAAGCCAAGGAGCAGGUGUUGGCCAAUCUAGCUAAUUUUGCUUAUGAUCCUAAGAACUAUGAAUAUCUCCGACAGCUCAAAGUAUUAGACCUGUUCCUGGAUAUGCUCAGCGAGGACAAUGAAACCCUUGUGGAAUUUGCACUUGGUGGCCUUUGUAACCUCUGCCUGGACAAAAUCAACAAAGACUAUAUCUUGGAUGCAGAUGGUGUCGCAGCCGUUGUUGGUUCCCUCUCCAGCUCCAAUGAAGAGACUGUGAUGUCUGCAGUCACUACUUUAAUGUACUUGACCACCCCACAGUCUCGCCAACAGAUCACGGCUCUUCCCGUGGUAGAAUGCAUGCUGCGUUUCUCCCUCUCAGCCAACCGGAGGCUACGGAACCUGGCAACCAUCUUCCUUGAAGAUUACUGCACCCCUCAUCAGGUAGAGGCGGCCAAGGCCCUGACCGAACACACCGCCCUGGGGAUCCCCCUGCCAAAGGACUGAUGCGGCACGAAGGGCAGCUGAAAAGCUUUUCAUGGAAGC